AAAAAGGCAGAUUCGUCGUGUUUUUGUUCAGUGGUUUUUGUCGCAAAGUUGGGAAAACAUUAAAAAGAAAGACGCAAAAAUGGCACAGUACAAAGGCGCAUCAAGGGAAGCUCAUAGAGCAAGAACGCUAGAGAAAAGACGAGAAAGACAGAAAGAAGAGAUGGAGCUUCUAAAGAAUAAAUUGUCAAAGGAUCUGGAAUCUAAAGGGGGAAUCGUAAGAAUGGGAAAUAAAUUUCAGUCGCACUUCGAUGCUGUCGAGCAAGAGCUCAAGUCUAGCACUAUCGGUUUAGUAACUUUGAAUGAAAUGAAGGCAAAGCAAGAGACAAUUGUUCAAGAACAUGAAAAACGAAUAGCAACAGAAACAAAAGAAAGUGAGAGAAGGGAAAGAAAACGAAAGAAACAAGAAGCCAAAGAAAAGGCCAAGCAGUCAUCGACUUUAUCCUUUGAUCUGGAUGAAGAUGUGGAGGAGGAGGAGGUGGCUUUUGAACCACCACCAGCUAGAAAAAUAACAAAGAACCCUGAUGUGGAUACUUCUUUUCUGCCGGACAGAGAAAGGGAGGAACAAGAGAAAAAAGAGAGAGAAAGGCUGCGUCAAGAAUGGGUCGAAACACAAAAGAGAAUCAAAGAGGAAGAGGUAGAAGUUACUUAUAGCUAUUGGGAUGGAUCUGGCCACCGAAAGACCUGUAAGAUGAGGAAAGGAGAUACCAUUCAGAAGUUUUUGCAGAAAUGUCUCUUAGAUUUAAGAAACCAGUUUACUGAACUAAGAGCUGCUGGUGUGGAGCAUCUGAUGUAUGUAAAAGAGGAUCUCAUUAUUCCACACCACUAUACGUUCUACGAUUUUAUUGUGACAAAAGCACGAGGCAAAAGUGGACCAUUAUUUAGUUUUGAUGCCUACGACGAUAUUCGAAUCAAAAGUGACUCCAGAAUCGAAAAAGAUGAGUCUCACGCUGGGAAGGUCGUUUUGCGUAGCUGGUAUGAAAAGCACAAACAUAUAUUCCCAGCUAGUAGAUGGGAGCCGUAUGACCCAGAAAAGAAAUGGGAGAAGUACACGGUGGCUGAUAAAGAAGGCGAAUAGCCAUGCUUGAGACAGAUACUUUGACAGAACAUGGAAUACGUUCCAGCGAAGUUUUCCUCCAAAUUUGUUUCAUGAAUUUUUAUUGUACUAUCACAAACGUAAAAAUAGUAUUGAAACGAAAGUAGUCUUGUAUCGAAUGCCUAAUUGAAGCAUGUCUUUGGAAAAAUAGCUUGUCACGUAUGUAGUUUUCGAGAAUUAAGUAUUAAUUUGGUAGCAUACCUUUUUCAAAAUCUGA